AUGGGUUCAAAAGAAAACUUCGGGAUUGCCAAGCCACCUUGUGGGCAUGCCAAAGGAAAUUCAUUAAAUUUGAUGGACCACAUCAUUGGCCGUUCAGUACCACGUUCUUCCACCAGGAUCUACAUUCUGGAGGUUGCAGUGAGCCCCAACUCCAACUUAUCUCAUUUAACGAGACAAUCAAGGCACGCCUCCCUCUCCGACUUUCACUGGCUUGGUCGCCACCACAACGAACACACGACCCACAGUAUUAAAACAGAACAAGCAGUAGAAGAAAUAGAUCUGGAAGAAAGAGCAGCAACAUCGGGACGCGAGAGACGGGCACUGAUGAAGGGCCUGCUGGGCUGGGAGACUCUACUGGAGGACCUCAGUGACUCAUUUUUUACUCCCGCUCAGUCACAACUUACUGGCCAUGAACGAUUGGCGUGGGAUAACUACUAUCGGUAUUCAAGCAUCUCCAGCUUUGCCAGGAAGCUGGCUCAGCAGCACCGCACUGUGGAGUGCCUCCAACUGGGUCACACUGCUGAGGGACGCCCACUGCUGGCCCUCAUCAUUGCUACUGACGCCAUCAGGAUGGCCAGAGCUUACACCAGAGAGGUUCUGUCUGCACGCAGACACCAAGUUAAAGCAAGGACCAUGCAGAAGAACCUCCAGGAGUAUAUGACGAGUGACGAACUAAGUGUUGAGACUUUGAUCAAAAGAAGCGAGAAGGGAAGGAAAGAGAAAGGCCACUGGGUUCAGGGUAACAUAAAAGAGGAAACAGAUAUGGCACAUAGUGAUGUUGCUCAGAGACAAAUGACGUCUUUGAAAUUUUCAAGAAAGAAAAGUAAGAUGAGAAAACCUGAGAGACUGAGACAAAGGCAAACACUGAAAGUUGAAGAGGGAAGCAAGAGAAAGCUACGGAAGAAAGUUGUGGAGCAGAAGAAAGCUGAUAAAUGGAGUCUGAGGAAGAAAAGGGUGAUGAGUAAGACACAGAAUGGUGAAACGAGAGCAAAGGGCCGAUCAGGAGGCAAGCUGCGAGAUAAAGCAAAAGAUAUCUCAAGAAGCAAACUACGGAAGGAAGCUGGAAGAUCCAAGCCAGUCAUCCUCAUUGAAGCAGGUGUGCCAUUGAAGCAGGUGUGUCAUCGAAGCAGGUGUGUCAUUGAAGCAGGUGUGUCAUUGAAGCAGUGUGCCAUUGAAGCAGGUGUGUCAUUGAAGCAGAUGGUGGACGCUGGAGACAAGAUGGUGGACGCUGGAGACAAGAUGGUGGACGCUGGAGACAAGAUGGUGGACACUGGAGACAAGAUGGUGGACACUGGAGAGGAGACGAAUGAUUGGUGGAACGAUUAA